CACAACAAAAGGGACUGUACUCCUCAUCGACGUUAUGAACUUCCUGUGCAAUCUCGCCACCAGUUACCUUGCCGACUGGACCAAGUGGCGCUCACUCACCGCCAUCGCCACAGCCUCCCCUUCCCUCUUCUAUGCCGUGUUAUACACCGGAAUCGGCUACCGCGACCCCUGCUAUCAGAAGUACGGUCAGAUGGUAGCAUAGCGGCUCAGAAUCCGCCGUUUGGUACAUCGUAUCAGCAUGCUGAGCAGUAACGUCACGG